CGGCGGCGGCGGCGCGGGGUGGCGGGAAGGAGGAAGUUUGAAAGUCGUGGGGCCGAGUUGUCUCUGCUGGGGCGAGAUGAGGCUGCACUGCGACGUGGAGGUGGUCAGCCGCCACUUGCCGGCCUUGGGCAUGAGGAACCGGGGCAAGGGCGUCCGAGCCGUGUUGAGUCUCUGUCAGCAGCCGCGGUCCCGGGCCGGGGGCGAGCCGGGCGAUCGCCCCCGAGCCUGCCUGCUCAUCUCCACCCUGAAGGACAAGCGCGGGACCCGUUAUGAGCAGCUGAAGGAGAACAUUGAGCAAUUCUUCACCAAAUUUGUGGAUGAAGGGAAAGCAACUGUUCGGUUGAAGGAGCCUCCUGUGGAUAUCUGUCUAAGUAAGGCCAACUCCAGCAGUUUAAAGCAGUUCCUUUCAACUGUGAGACUGGCUCAUAGAGGCUGUGAAGUUAAUGCACAACUUUCAACACUCACUCCAGUGAAGACUUCAGAAUUCGAAAAAUUUAAAACUAAAAUGGUUAUCACAUCUAAAAAGGACUAUCCUUUAAGCAAGAACUUUCCGUAUUCUCUGGAACAUCUUCAGACUUCUUAUUGUGGGCUUGUCCGAGUUGAUAUGCGUAUGCUUUGCCUAAAAAACCUUCGGAAAUUAGACUUGAGUCACAACCGUAUAAAAACGCUUCCAGCUACGAUUGGAGACCUCAUACACCUUCAAGAACUUAACCUGAAUGACAAUCACUUGGAGUCGUUUAGUGUAGACUUGUGUCAGUCUACACUCCAGAAGUCUCUUCGAAGCUUGGAUCUCAGCAAGAAUAAAAUCAAGGCACUCCCUGUGCAGUUUUGCCAGCUCCGAGAGCUUACGGAUUUAAAACUGGAUGAUAAUGAAUUAAUUCAGUUUCCUUUCAAGAUAGGACAACUAACAAACCUUCGAUUUUUGUCAGCAGCUCGAAAUAAGCUUCCAUUUUUACCCAGUGAGUUUAAAAAUUUAUCCCUUGAGUACUUAGAUCUUUUUGGAAAUACUUUUGAACAACCCAAAGUCCUUCCAGUUAUAAAGCUGCAAGUGCCAUUAACUUUGUUAGAGUCUUCUGCACGGACCAUACUUUGUACUAGGAUUCCAUAUGGCUCUCAUAUCAUUCCUUUCCAUCUUUGCCAAGAUUUGGAUACUGCAAAAACCUGUGUUUGUGGAAACUUCUGUCUGCGCUCCUUCAUUCAAGGGACUACUACCAUGAACCUACACGCUGUUGCUCACACUGUGGUCUUAGUAGAUAAUAUGGGUGGUACUGAAGCACCUAUUAUCUCUUACUUCUGUUCUCUAGCCUGUUAUGUAAAUUCAUCUGAUAUGUUAAAGUAACAAAUAACACCACAAAAAAGUUCAUUCACUUAGAGAUUAUGUAAGAUUCAUUCAUUAUUUAACAGUGUCAAAUUGGAGAAAGGGAAGCUUUUUGUAUACUUGCUUGAGAGGAAGACUAUGUCACUCUACCAUUUUAAGUCAUUUGGUUCUGAACUUUUAAUUUCAUUAAAGCAAAAUUUACUUUUA